GGUGUACUCGUCGGCGCAGCUGUUUCUCAAGUCGAUUUUGUAUGCCGUCGUUUGUGAGUGCAGCGCGGAAGUUUGAACCGCCACCUUCGGAAAUUGCAUCCGAUUGUUAAUAACCGCUCCCACCUAGGAAUGUGAACCUAUAUCCCCAAAUAAUAACAUACAUUGUGUGAUUGUGAACUGUUUGUUAAAUGAAGCUCAUCUUUCUUUAAAUAAUUGUUUAGACGUCGCGUCGAUGCGUAUAGAGUGGGUACGUAAUGACAAAACUAUUUAUAAUACUAGGCGUGCAUCGUUAAAAAUAUACAUUCUAAUUUUGCGUCAGCUCUUUACGACUAAUGUGCGGCGUUUUGCGUUGUUCUGACAGCAUCCGAAUCCGAAUUAGACACGGGAGUUGAAACGGCAUGUUUGUUAUUCAAAAACUGAAAACAACGUCUAAAAUACACAAAGUGCACAGUGAAAAUUAUGAAAGUGUCACUAACUGAUCACAAAGUGGCGUAGAACCUUGGCAUCCUUGCCUAAAUUGGUGUGCGGUGUGCUAAACGAUUAUUACGUGUUCAUAAACAUUAGUUACCGAGUGUGUUAAAGUGUUGUAGAAAUGUCUCAUGAAGCACAGCUUAGAAGAAGUCAACGCACAGACUUUUCUAACCCAAUGACACCUCUAGUAUCCCGAGAAAGAAGUUUCGUAAGACCAAACAAAGACUCCCAAAAACGUAGAAGCCAAACAAUGUUCGCUAUGAAAGGAAAGCCAACUAUGGAAAUAUAUAGACCUCCGAAUGUUAGAACGGAUAUUCCAUUGACAGGCAAGCUUAAUGUACAUGCAAAAGAAUUUACAAUGAAUCACGAAUUGCAGGCAUCUAAAUCAAGUGGAAAUCUAAAUUUAGCCAUGGCAUAUGAGCCGAUUUCGCUACAACAUUCAAAAUCGAGCGGAAACAUUUUAAGGCACAUUAAUCAUCCAGGUCUUAUUCCUAUUAUUCCAGGAGUCCCUUUACCAUUACUACACUCAGCAUCUGCCACCCAACUUUUAAAUAUGACUCGUCCUAACUAUCAAUACCAUCCUGAGUUAUUAGCCCAUCCAGUAUUUUCUGGGUUAAACCAAACAAUCUACCAUCCAGCUUGGAAUAAUAAUAUUCAACCAAAACAAUCCAGUCCAAAACCGUCAUCCUUAAAACGUUCAAAGAGUUUAGGUGCUGCUGAUUCAAGAGCUUUGGCUUCUAAAUUGAAAGACUAUACCAAAGAAGAAUUAGAUCUUACGAUAUUUUCUUCAGAAGAUCAAGUUCAUCUAAAAGCAGCUUUAGAAGACCCUACGCAAGUGCCAACAAGAACGCUCAUGGAUCUAGUCAAAACCAUUUUAGAAAAAGUAGUUGAAGGAAUGAAGUACAGUGAACCGAUAGCUAAGUUGUGUAUAUGUAUAAUUGAAAAUGAAAAAAAUCAAACCUUUCUAGAAUCUCUUUUGAAUAUGUGUCAACAAUGGUAUCAAGAUCGGGAUAAAAUUUUAAGAGGAAUCAAAGCUGGUGAUGGGACAAGAUUCACUGCCUUUAUGUGGUUCUUAACUGAAAUGUGUAGUCAGCUCAAAAGACAUCAAUUAAAAGAACAUUUUGAAGCAUUACAACCAGAGAUAGUACUUCUUUCCGUACUAGCUAAAUGCUGCCAUGCCUGUGUAGAACUUCCCAUCAAGUGCCUUGCGGAAACCGAAUGUUUAUUUUUUGUUUUGACCUCAAUAGGGAGAGAUUUGGAAACUGAACUUCCGCAACAGCUUGAUCAACUUUUGGCCAGUGUUCGAGAUGGUUUUUUGGCUAGUGCUGGAUCUAUUGGUGUAAGACGUACUUUGCUUCAAUUAAUAGAACUCCACGCUUCUAAUUGGCAAUUGCCAGGUUCAUCUGUUCUUUAUUACUAUCCUAGAAUUAAAUGACAGUAUUUUAUUUGGUAAUUAUUUAUUUAUGGACCAAAAUCUAAUGUUUUUUAUGUCAUUGUUUUAUUAAAAAAAUGAUGUGUUUUGUAUAUUUUAUAUGAUUCGAUAUUCAAACAAGUUUUAUCAUAAUUAAAAAUAAAGUGUGUACUCAAUUAA